AUGGCAGAAAAAGUGCCAUCCUUUAAAAGCGGUGGAGCAUUCUGGUUCGUUGACCUCGCAACCCCAGAUGAUUUGUACAUCUUUCCAGUUUUGACAGCAUUAACUUUCUUGAUAACAGUGGAGUGUAACAUGCAAGAAGGAAUGGAAGGAAAUUCUGCUGCUGGCACCAUGAAAAAUGUUUCGAGGGGCCUUGCUCUUGCUUCAGUUCCUUUGACUAUGAAUUUCCCAAAGGCUGUAUUUUGUUAUUGGGUUACUUCGAACUUGUUUUCGCUUGGAUAUGGGUUAGUGGUCAAGUCUCCCAAGGUAAAAAAAUUCUUGGGUGUUCCAGAGGCACCUGCACCACCACCAGGUACUGCCACAAAAUCUUCCUUUGAUCUGUUUUCAGCACUCAAACAACUCUCAAAAGCCAGAAAGGAACCUACCCCAUCACUGCCCGUUGAACCACCAAAGCUUUUGGAGCACAAAAAGUCUUCAUCUUCAGGAAUCGGUAAAAGAAUAAAAAGUCUAGAGAAAGAAGUAAAGGGAAGAAGGAAAAAUAAGAAGAGGUGA